AUGUCUUUCUUUGUCGACAGAGUUCGUUUUUCCAACGCAACUGGAAAUGAGCAGAUCGACAGGAUCAGAUUUAAACCCAUUACUUCACCUACUUCUCUCUCUCUCUUUUUUGCUUCUGUGUUCGUAUCUAUUUGUCUGUCUGUCUCACUGUCUAUCUAUCUAUUUCCUAUUAGCGGAACAUCAGCCAACAUCCUCGGUGAGGAGCCUCUCGCUGUAGCUAGCCAAAGCAGCUGGCGUUUAGUCAUUUCUCUUUUACGUAUCAUCUAUCUAUCUAUCUAUCUAUCUAUCUAUCUAUCUAUCUAUCUAUCUUAUUCUCUCUCUAGUCUUUCUUUCUUUCUUUCUUUCUUUCUUUCUUUCUUUCUUUCUUUCUUUCCUUCUUUUUUCCUUUCUUUCUGUUUUUAUAUUGUUCAUCUUUUUUUCUCUCUCCGUCUUUCUUUCUUUCUUCCCAUUUCUUUCUUUCUUUUUUUCUUUCUGUCUUUCUUUCCAGUUUUCAAUUUAUUACCAAUUUUUUCAUUCCUUCCUUCCAAUUUCUUCUUUCAUUAUUUUCAAUUCUUUCUUUCUUUCCAAUUUCCUUCAAAUUUUCUCUUUCUUUCCUUCCAGUUUUCUCUUUCUUUCUUUACACUUCUCUCUUUCUUUCCACGUUUCACUCUCUUUCUUUUGAAUCUUCUCUUUCUUUCAUUCCUUCCAAUUCUCUCUUUCCUUCCGAUUUUCUCUUUCUUUCUUUCCAAUUUUCUCUUUCGUCCCAAUUUUUCUUUCUUUCCCAUUUUCUCUUUCUUUGCUUCAAUUUUUUCUUUCAUUCUUUCCAGUUUUCUCUUCCUUUUUACAUUUCUCUCUCUUUCUUUUCGAUUUUCUCUUUCUUUCCAUUUAUCACUGUCUCUCUUUCUCUCUAAUUUUCUCUUUCUUUCUUCUCAAUUUUCUCUUUGUUUCUUUAUUUUCAUCUAUUUUUCUUUCUGUCUUUCUUUCUUUCCAAUGUUCUCUUUCACUGUUCAUUCAUCUGUCUAUACUAUCUAUCUAUCUAUCUAUCUAUCUAUCUAUCUAUCUAUCUAA